AUGAGAAGUAGUCGAAAGUAUCAACCUUUAAUUAUAUUAUGUAUUGGUAUUUUAAUUGGUAUUUUAAUAGGUAUGAUGUUAACGGUUAAUGAUGGCAAAAUUUAUGUUCCCACAUCCUUGGAAGAUAUUGAAAAAAAAUUUUCUAGUGAAAAUUAUAAACAGAUAAGUGCACAAGGAGGUUAUAUUGAUGAUGGUAGUAUUAAAACUGAUGAUAAAGAAGGCCCAGAAAGUAUAUUUCGUUUUCAUCUUAAUGAAUCUAUUCAUGAAAGAGGUAAAAUAAAUAUUGCAGAUAAAUUAUCUAAAAAAGUUAGAAUAUUUUGUUGGGUAUUAACAGGAAAACAAAAUCAUCAGAAACGUGCUAUUCAUGUUAAAGCUACAUGGUUAAAAAGAUGUAAUAAUUAUGUUUUUAUGUCAUCAGAAGAAGAUCCCUCACUUCCUGCAAUAAAUUUAAAUAUUAGUGAGGGAAGAAAUCAUUUAUGGGCAAAAACAAAAGCAGCUUUUAAAUAUUUAUAUGAUAAUCAUUAUAAUGAUUAUGAUUGGUUUAUGAAAUCUGAUGAUGAUACUUUUGUUGUAAUGGAAAAUUUACGAUUUAUGUUAUUAUCACAUUCACCCUCUGAACCUAUAUAUUUUGGAUGUAAAUUUAAACCAUUUACUAAACAAGGAUAUAUGUCAGGUGGUGCUGGGUAUAUUUUAAGUAAAGAGGCUUUACGUAAACUUAUAACUGAAGGUUUACCUGAUCCUAAAAAAUGUAAACAAGCUGAAAGUGGAGCUGAAGAUGCAGAAAUGGGAAAAUGUUUAGAAAAAAUUGGUGUUAAAGCCGGUGAUUCAAGAGAUGAUUUAGGACAACAUAGAUUUUUACCAUUUGGUCCAACAAGUCACCUUGUAAUGAAAAAAAAAGAUCCUAAAUUUUGGUUUUGGAGAUACAUGUAUUAUCCAAUAGAACAAGGAGCAUCUUGUUGUAGUGAUUAUGCUAUUGCCUUUCAUUAUAUCAAUGCAAAUGCAAUGUAUGAAUUAGAAUAUCUUAUCUAUCAUUUAAAGCCUUUUGGAAUGGUACCUAGUUUGGCUGAAAAAUUUAUCUUAGAGGGAUAUGAUCAAAAAAUUAAUGAAUUAGAAGAUAAGAUGAUUAAUGCUGCAUAUGAAAUGUCAAUUUUAACUGAGGGUAAAGAUGAUGCCUUUCCAAAAACAUUAGAUAAUCUUAAAAGUUUAAUGAAUGAAAAAGCAAAUACUGAGUCAAAGGAAAAAAAAUAA